AUGUUUCAACACAUUGUUCUUGCAACGCUCAUUACUCUGUCAGUAGCACAGUUUCAAUCUACCGGAAGGAUUUUGGAACCACCGAUUCCCGGCCUCUGUGCACAAAGAGUUAUUCACGAACGCUUUAAUGGUAAGGGUUAUUACUAUUCAUGGGCUGAUCCAAGAACAAGUGGACAAGAAGUGGACUGGUUAGCAGGCAGAAAUUUUUGUAGGCAAAGGUGUAUGGAUCUUGUGUCUUUGGAAACUUCUGCGGAAAAUGAAUUCAUCAAAAGUCGCAUUGUUCAAAAUAAGGUAAAAUAUAUUUGGACGUCAGGUCGUCUUUGUGAUUUCAAAGGGUGCGACAGACCUGAUCUUCAGCCUCUACACAUUAAUGGCUGGUUCUGGACUGCUGAAUUGCAAAAACUUGCAUCAACUAGUGACAGAACUCAGAAUGACUGGUCUGAAAGUGGCGGUAUUGGGAAACCUCAACCCGAUAAUCGUGAAGCCAUUCAGCAAGGAGGUGCUCCAGAAAAUUGUUUAGCUGUACUCAAUCAAUUUUAUAAUGAUGGAGUUAACUGGCAUGAUGUUGCUUGCCAUCACAAAAAACCAUGGAUCUGUGAGGAAAAUGACUCCUUACUAAAGUAUGUUCAUUUUACCAAUCCAAAUAUUCGUCUUUAAAAGGAAUACCAUCUACAAAAGGGAGCAGCUGUAAUAACGCCAGUGCAAAUUAAAUAACUGAUGUUA